AUGAACGGCCAAGAAGGAAGCGUGGUCCUCCAAACAAGUCAGUCGAUUAGCAGACAUGCACAAAAAUCUCAAAGGCAAGUUGCAGGGAUCCCAGGAAUCCCUUCUCCAGACAACGUUUCCAUCUCACCAGGCGGAAGCAAUGAUGCUCGCCAAUCAACAACACCACUUCAAAGUCCUCAGUUCCUGGGCCUUGUGAGCCGUUCCGCGACUUGCACCUGCUCUGGACUCAGUAGCAAAUGGCUUUCCGCGUUUGCCCCGGAGCCGAUCAUCAUGCGCCUGCUUGGGGACUGGUUCAAUGUGAUCCACCCUUUAGCUCCGAUCUUACUCCGGCGCCGGUUCCUCCAACGCCUCCAGCAAGGGGUAGCUGACGUUGACGCCGAGUUCUGCGGGCUUGUCAUCAGUGUAUGCGCAGCGACUAAGGCCACACUACCGCGGGGUGACUAUGGGCCAGUGACUGUAGAUUAUUGCGUUGACUUCCUUGAUGCUCACGGGCUACUCAAGAGUCAAUUUACCCGAGACUCUUUUAGUAUGGACAGGUGCAUCGCCUUGUACAAUAUCGGGACAGCCAUGAGCGCCACCACAAAAUCAGGGUUGAGCAGUAUGCGCGCCUAUCACGCCUUGAGCGAGGCAGCUGCAGGGGCCAGGUACCUGGCUUAUUAUCGGAUACAUGAGCAUGAUGAGGCUGAACAACAGCUCCUGAGGAGACUCAUAUGGCUAUUAUUUGCUAGCGCAUGUAGUGCGGACAUUUUCGGAAGACUACCCAUCAGCCUACUUAGUCAAGAUCGCAUCGAGAACUUUCCAAGACCCCUCCCUCUCUCUGACAAUCAGAUGGAGCCUGGAGCCCCAGACAGCUGUCACGAGCCACCUUGGCAUGGAGAUGACACGACCUAUGUCCCAGGACUUAACUCAUUGAGCGACCUAUUCCUCAUCUGGCAAGAGGUGCAGCAAGUUCCCGACGGUACGGAACCACAGACUAUAAUUACGAGAUAUCUUGGAAAGAUCCAACGAGUGUUGGAUAAUCUCCCGCCCGAGCUGCGGUGGCGUGGCGGUCUGUCACGUCCCGCACAUGUCACAGAGGGACACGACGUCCAAAUCGCCAAUUUAUUUGUGACAAGUCUCAACAUUCGCUCCAACAUUCUUCAGAAAUUUGGGCCAACGGACAAGAGCGCACUAGAACAUCAGAAAAUCGUAGACGACCUGUUAGAAAUCCUGUACCAUCUUCCCCGGGCUGUCUUUGAUGCAAACGGCAGCAGCCUUGUCCCCAAGAUUCGGGACAUUGGAGCCGCGUACCUUGAACAGACUCAAUUAGGGAAUGGCGUGGGUGAAGUGGAGAUAGGGGAUGCGAGAAUUAAACUCGAGCGAUUACUUCGGAAGCUAGAUGAUCUAGACUGUUGGCAGGGAAUUGGGGUGCUUGACACUCCGCCCUUGAGGAUCAUUAUUACCCGAGUCGGAACUGCAGAAUGGGGGAGCCUUGGUCAAUACUACCCAAACUUCGGAGACCUUUGCCCCGCAACCGGGAAUGCUACAACUAUUCGCCGAGGUUUGGUGCGAUUUCUCCCAGCACCAGCUCAACAUGCAUACCCUCAUCUUCGGCGGUCUGACAAGGGCUCAGUCCAGCUCAUUGUCAAGGGGAAACCCUUUUUGAUGCUCCCUGGCGAGCUUCACAAUUCAUCACUCAGCUCCGCAAAGUUCAUGAGCGAGGUUUGGCCAAAGAUGAAAUCCGAUCACAUCAACACAUUGCUCGGUUCUGUAACUUGGGAAAUGAUUGAGCCCAAGGAAGGCCACUUUGACUUCAGUGAGCUUGAUCUUGUUCUACAAAGCGCCAGAGAGCAUGAUAUGCAUCUCGUUCUGCUCUGGUUCGGAACAUACAAGAACGGCCUGUCCACAUACGCCCCAAGAUGGGUCAAGAGAGAUUCCAAGCGGUUCCCCCGAGUUCAAGUUCUUGAAGCUGGUGGCGUCAAAAGGACACUCGAGAUGAUUACUCCACUAUGCGAUGCUGCAUGCGAAGCUGAUUCUCGAGCUUUCGCUGCUCUUUUACGACAUCUUGCAGAAGUUGAUUCGCAGCACCAGACUGUCUUGAUGGUUCAAGUACAGAACGAGACCGGAGUCCUCGGCGAUUCUCGGGAUCGAUCGCACCGAGCCAACAAAGCGUUUGCUGAACCCAUUCCAAGUGAUCUCCUACAACAUCUGAGCCGCGUCGAUACCCACUCCAGAUUCAAGAAACGAAUCUCAAGUGUUCCUUCAUCAGGAAAUCAUUCCUGGGAGUCCCUUUUUGGGCCUGGAACAGCAGCCGAUGAGGCCUUUAUGGCGCAUUUAAUCUCCUCUUACGUCGGACGAGUUGCCGCAGCAGGAAAGGCGGCGUAUCCCAUCCCUCUAUACACAAACACAUGGCUCAACAUUGAAGGACAAUCGGAACUGGACUUUGGUGGGGGCGCACCAGUUGUUGUCGGCGGUGGUGACAAGCCUGGAAUUUACCCAUCCGGAGGUCCUUGCCCACAUGUUCUGGACAUUUGGCGAUUUAACACGCCCUCUCUGGAUCUACUAGCACCGGAUCUAUACUUCCAUGACUACGAAACUGUGUGCCGCAACUAUACAGAGCAAGGAAAUACUCUCUUCAUCCCAGAACAAAGACGUGAUGAGUAUGGAGCAAGACGCAUCUGGUUAUCCUAUGCGACUUAUGGUGCUCUUGGGGCUAGUCCGUUUGGCAUCGACACCGGCUCUGAUGUCAUUGGCCGCGAGUUCAAGCUUCUCAGCCAGACCAAGCAGUAUUUCCUUGAUGCUGCACCCGAAGAUCGCUUCGGAUUCUUUUUUGACGAAGAGCCAAGCGAGAAGAAGCCGGAACAGUGGACUCGCACAUUCGGCGACAUCAAGGUCAUUGUUGAGCGCUGCUUUGUCUUUGGCAAGCCUGGCCCUGGUGCUGGAAUGAUUAUUCACUUGGGUAACUCCAAAUUCCUCCUCGUCGGCCGGGGCUUUCACGCCCGAUUCAAAGCAGCUCGCAAGGACGCAACCUUUGGCGGGAUCCUUUGGGGCGAGGAGAAGGAGGUUGAUGAAAACGGAAACCUGCAGACUUUGAGAAUCUUGAAUGGAGAUGAGACAAGGCACGGCGAAUUCAUGAUGAUGCCUAACGACGACCCAGAUUAUGGCGGUUUCCCUAUUGCUGUUACACCUGGAGCGAGGACUUGUAUUGCUGAGGUGGAAGCUUAUUGGAUUGCCGAGGAUGAAGAUGACAGAUAAAGACAAGAUUGAUUCAUUGGGUAGCCGAGAUUACAGUAGCAUCCACAGUAAUACAAAUUCUGUAAAA